GCGUUACCAUCGAUGAGCAGCAGCAAACGAGCGCACAAGCAAGAAGAUCCACCAUCAGAGGAAUUAGCCGCACCCAAGCGAUGCAAGAUUGACUCGUCAUCGGAUGAUCCAAUGGAUGAUGACGGUAGCACGAGCAGUAGUAGGACGACAAGCAAUGGAGCACCAGUCCGUAACAUGUGCGGCGACCUCCGCGUGAAUCCAUUCUACGAGGGCGCAGCGUUCGUAGAGGCCACCCGCGCGCUACUCGAUGAAAACAAGACAUGCGUGUUCAACGUCGAGAGUGGCCAGACUGUCGUUGUGGGCUGCGGGACGGACGAUGCGCUCGAGCAUCUCGCUCGGGCUGAGCAAUCCACCGCGGUCGGACUUGCGCACCCGUUCCAUUGCUGUAGUCUGCCGCUGUUCCUGGAUGCACUGCCGAAUAGCACGACUCAUUCGUCGGAGAUCGAUGCGCAGCAGCGACAGAGCGGCUUGGAACACGCAGCAGACAGCCCAGCGACGCACGCGUACUUGGCGCAGUUGGAAGCCACUCUGCUCUGCCAGCCGUUGCGACGCAAGAACAACGACCUGUACAACUUUCGCCAGAGCGACGACCUCAAGAACAUGGAUGCGGAAGCUCUUCCGGUGCUCAAGCCGAUCAUGGAUGUGCUCCAAGGACCCGUGCGCGCGUUGCUCGCCUCCAUCACUGGGAUUGAGCUCAAUUCCAACGUCGCCAUGACCUUUUCGAGCUAUGCACAGUCAGACGUCCUGCUGUGCCACGACGACGAACUGGACGAGCGACGCAUUGCCUUCAUCCUCUACUUGUCACCAAAUUGGAACGCUGCCGUGGACGGUGGCGCGCUUGAUCUGUUUGACAACAACCCGGCGACAAACGCACCCACGUCGAUUGUCGCCUCGUUGUGGCCCAGGUGGAACUCGUUCAAUUUCUUUCCAGUGACCGAGACCUCUCAUCACCAGGUAGCGGAGGUCUUUUCGUCCUCCAAAGCGAGAAAUUCCAUCAACGGCUGGUUUCACGGGCCCCCGCUCCACCGCCAAGCACCCAUGUUUGAGCCUCGCCUUCCCCAAAUUCAGCUGGGUCCAAAGCCGCUGGAGGACGACAACCUGCUGCUAUCUGAGUGGCUCAACCCAGUGUACCUUAAGGCCCAAUCCCGCGUGCGCGUGCACGAACAGUUUGUACGCGAGUCGAGCAUCAACCUGCAGCAGUUUCUGCGCGCUGAAGUGCUUGGCCCGCUGAUGGCCCAGCUCUGGCAGCUGUCAAAUCAGCGCAAUCGCGCCCACGGCUCCGUCUGGCAAGCUGUGGGCCCGCCGCACAAGAGGUCGUAUGACACCCUGGCCGACAGCGAUGCCAUCAUGCCAACCUCCCCACUCGGCCGGUACUUGCGGUUUUUGCGUUCACACGCCUUCCGCGGGCUCCUUGCUGAGCUCACCGGCCUUGAUCGCCUCGAGUCAUUCAACGCCCGAGAAUUGCUGCGACGGGUGCAGUCUGGCUGCUACACGCUCAUCGACGACGGCGACACUGCCGAGGUCGCUCCUGCCCUGGACGUGUUCUUGUUUCUCCCUGGUCUUGAAACAAUGCACAGCAACGCCGAAGUCGUGUGGGACACGGCCUACGGCGGCUGGAUUAGCUACCUGGCGCGCGACCAAGACGAGGAGCUCAUCACCGUGAUGCCCACCGCCAACUCUCUUUCGCUCGUCUAUCGCACCGAAGAUGCGCUGCGUUUUGUCAAGUAUGUGAACAGUACCUGUCCGCAUUCGUACCUGUGCUCUGCGCUAUCCUACGUGGAGUCUGAGGAGCAAGCGGCGGAGUGACGAUGCUUUUUUGUUAUUUUGUUAUUCUUUAAUAUCCUGUACUGUAGUCUUCCCUGCCACAAAUCCCUCAUCUUCUUUCCAGA